AUGGCGAAGUUUGUCGCUUACCUCACCCUCCUCAUCUCUGCAGGUCAUGCAGGUCUGCUGAGACGGAGACAAACGUGUCCGCAGGUGUGUGAUGCCUCUCGGUGCCCGGGGCAGCUCCAGGCCUGUUACUACGGCCAGGUGACGGACGGGUGCGGCUGCUGCGCGCUGUGCGCCCCCGGUGAGGGUGAUUGGUGCGGGCAGCGGAGCGGAGGCGGCCUGACCUGCGGUGACGGACUGCGGUGCGACUCUGUGCCGGGGACUGGGACCGGCGAGGGGCCCCGCAGCUCCUGCGUGUGCGGCUCCUCCGGGCCGGUGUGCGGCAGCGACGGCAGGACGUACCCCAGCAUCUGCCGCCUGAGAGCGGAGAUCAGGAGAGCCGAGUUCGACGAGACCCCUCCGGUCAUAUUGAUCAGGAGGGGUCGGUGCGAUUCAGGUGUGCAGCAUCCAGGAAGUAUGCGCUACAAGUUCAACUUCAUCGCAGAUGUAGUCGAUAAGAUUGUCCCCGCUGUGGUGCAUCUGGAGCUUUUCAAAAGAGAGCCAUUUUCUGGCAAGGAGGUCUCUGUGUCGAGUGCCUCUGGGUUUGUGGUGUCAGAGGAUGGCUGGAUCAUCACCAAUGCUCACGUGCUCACCAACAAGCAGAGGAUAAAAGUCCAGCUGAAAAGCGGUGUGCAGUACGACGCCACAGUCAAAGACAUGGACCAGAAGAUGGACAUCGCACUUAUCAAAAUUGAACCAGAUACGCCCCUGCCUGUGCUGCAUCUCGGCCAGUCCUCAGACCUGCGUCCUGGCGAGUUUGUGGUGGCGGUGGGAAGCCCCUUCUCCCUGCAGAGCACCGUCACCACCGGCAUCGUGAGCACUGUCCAGCGCACCGGCCAGGAGCUGGGCUUCAAGGACUCCGACAUGGAGUACAUCCAAACUGACGCCAUGAUUAAUUACGGCAACUCUGGCGGACCACUUGUCAACUUGGACGGAGAUGUAAUCGGCAUCAACACUCUGAAAGUGACGGCAGGAAUCUCUUUUGCCGUCCCUGUGGACAAAAUCUGCCAGUUCCUCUCUGAAUCCCACAGCAGACGAGUCAACGGACACACGGUGCAAAAAAGGAAAUACAUCGGCGUCCGGAUGCUGCAGCUCUCACCAUCUUUGAUCGAAGAUCUCAAGGAGCGUGAAGACCAAUUUCCAGAUGUGAGCGCUGGAGUCUAUGUUUAUGAGGUGAUGCCUGGAACACCUGCAUCAAGCGCUGGCAUGAUCGACCACGACGUCAUCAUCGGGAUCAACGGGCAGCCUGUUCGCGCCAUGGAGGAAGUGAGCGAAGCCGUCCAGAGCAGCGGCGUGCUCUCAGUGGUGGUGAGGCGGAAGGAUGGCGAUGUAACACUGACUGUCGUUCCCGGGGAGGCGGACUGGUUUCAGUGA